CGGACGCUCGGGCAGCCGGCGGGCGGCGGGCAGCGCGCGGCGGCCGCGGGGGGCGCAGGCCGAGGGGCUGGCAGGGCCGAGCGCCGGCGAGGCUGCAGCCCCGCGCUCGCACGCACCAAAGAGGAGGCGGCUGCGGAGCGGCGGCGGCGGCAGCGGCAGCCGCGGCCCCAGCCAUGCUGUGCUAUGUGACGCGGCCGGACGCGGUGCUGAUGGAAGUGGAGGUGGAGGCGAAAGCCAACGGCGAGGACUGCCUCAAUCAGGUGUGCAGACGGCUGGGAAUUAUAGAAGUUGAUUAUUUUGGAUUGCAGUUUACGGGUAGCAAAGGGGAAAGCUUAUGGCUAAAUCUGAGAAACCGCAUCUCCCAGCAAAUGGAUGGGUUGGCCCCAUACCGGCUUAAACUCCGAGUCAAGUUCUUCGUGGAGCCUCACCUCAUCUUACAGGAGCAAACCAGGCACAUCUUCUUCCUGCACAUCAAAGAGGCGCUCCUGGCCGGCCACCUGCAGUGCCUCCCGGAGCAGGCGGUGGAGCUCAGCGCCCUCCUCGCCCAGACCAAGUUUGGAGACUACAACCAGAAUACAGCCAAGUACAGCUACGAGGAGCUGUGUGCGAAGGUGCUCUCCAGCGCCGCCUUGAACAGCAUUGUGGCGAAGCAUAAGGAGCUGGAGGGAACCAGCCCGGCCUCCGCCGAGUACCAGGUUCUGCAGAUCGUGUCGGCCAUGGAGAACUACGGCAUCGAGUGGCACUCCGUCCGGGACAGCGAGGGCCAGAAGCUGCUCAUCGGGGUGGGCCCAGAAGGAAUCUCCAUCUGUAAAGAUGACUUUAGCCCAAUGAACAGGAUAGCUUACCCCGUGGUGCAGAUGGCCACCCAGUCCGGAAAGAACGUGUAUCUGACUGUCACCAAGGAGUCUGGGAAUAGCAUCGUGCUCUUAUUUAAGAUGAUCAGUACCAGGGCGGCCAGCGGGCUCUACCGGGCCAUCACGGAGACACACGCUUUCUACAGGUGCGACACGGUGACCAGCGCCGUCAUGAUGCAGUACAGCCGGGACCUGAAGGGCCACCUGGCCUCCCUGUUCCUCAACGAAAACAUCAACCUGGGCAAGAAGUACGUGUUCGACAUCAAGAGGACGGCCAAGGAGGUGUACGACCACGCCCGGCGGGCCCUGUACAACGCGGGCGUGGUGGACCUGGUCUCCCGGGGCGACCGCAGCCCGCCCAGCUCGCCGCUCAAGUCGGCCGAGCACGGCCGCGGCUGCCGCAGCUGCGAGGGCCUGAGCUGCCAGCAGAGCCGCGCGCUGCAGGAGAAGCUGCGCAAGCUGCGCGAGGCCAUGCUGUGCAUGCUGUGCUGCGAGCGCGAGGUCAACUCGGCCUUCUGCCCCUGCGGACACACCGUGUGCUGCGAGCGCUGCGCCGCCCAGCUCCAGUCGUGCCCGGUGUGCAGGUCGAGGGUGGAACAUGUGCAGCACGUCUAUCUCCCCACACACACAAGCCUUCUCAACCUGACUGUCAUCUGAUCCGAGGGCGCGGACCCGGCAUGCCGGGCGCCCUCCACGAACAGGCGGUGAAACUGUCAAGACUCUGGACUGCAGAGAAGAAGUCCUCCAACGCCGGUUGGCCAUGCCACGUUUGAAGAGACCACGACCACACCUCACCGCGCCCGUGUCCCAUGCAGAGUCAGCUCCUUCCACCUGGAAGAGGUCUGGGACAGGGACGCACACCUUCCUCGGACUUCCAUGGGUUUAUAUGGUCCAGUAAUUAAGGGACGCGUGACAUCUUGGACGCCGCUUUAGUGACAACACAGCCAGGAAGUGGGUAAAAUGGAUGUGAUUCUCCUUAAUGGUUUCCCCGAGGUAAGUUUCCUCCCGGAGACCAAUUUUGUAAGCAUUAGGUGUUCAACUUUUACUCAGUUCUUUUUUUUUUUUUUGUACGGUCACGGAGCGCCAAACAUUUUUUAAUAAGGGGGAAAAAAAAAUCUUUCUUAGAGAAAUAGUCGUUUUAAUAUUACUUCUGGUUUUAUAACUUGUUCAAGAAUGAUUGGAAGGCUAAACAUUUCAAAAUCAAUUCUGUGACUUUUACAACAUUGACAACAAAGGUGUCGGGUCUGAACCAGUCUAGGUAGUGGAGAACAGCGAAUUUAACGUGGGCUGCCUCAGUUUCUCCCCUCUUCCCCCACCCCCUCCACCCACACCCCAUUGCCACCUCGCCUCUUAAUUAUCAGAUGCUACCAGUUGGGUUACAUGAUUUGCAAGGAGUCAUCAAACACUCCUCAGGCCUCUUGAGUUAGUGGAAUUUUUUUCUUUCUUUUUUUUUUUUCAAUUUCAAGACGGAAAAGGAAACGUGUAUUCCUUGGGGAGGAAAAGCACUACUUGCUGAGAUGAUGUUCCUUGGUACAAACCAGGUUGGUCUCCUGUUCUCCCGAGCACUCUAGCUUCACCUGGUGCAGUUCCUUUGCUUGAGCCUAUCAAGCCUUUUACAGCCUUAUCAUAAGUUUUGUAGAUAUUGUAAAUUUUUUUAAAUUUUUUUUUAUUUUUUAGUAAAUGCUUACAUGUUAAUAACUUCCAUUGUCCCCUCCAUAUGUGUUCAGGGGCUUGGUUUUUUUGUUUGUUUGUUUGUUUCUAGUUUCUUCAUUGUGUUUUCCACUCCCACCUGGGCAUUUUUUGGAUGCUGGUCAGCUUGUGAGUUUUCUAGGCCGUUGGGAAACCGAGAUGACCUUAUGGGUGCAAUACUAGCUGAGUUAAAGCUAGAAACCUACACUGUCACUUUACUGAGAUUUCUGAGUAUGCUUUUCAUAUUGCCUUAAUGUAGCAGUAAUGUGUUGAUGCAUUUGUUUCUUUGCACAGACAUUUUGUCAAAUAUUAAAACUCUACUUUUUUAUGGCACAUAUUAGCAUAUAAGCCUUUAUUUCAAGAGGUAUUUAUUUUUUCACUUGUAAAAUGUUUCCACAUAAAGGAUAUACUAGAGGGCAUCUGUCUUUUAUAUUCCAGAUAAUAAAGACUUAAAAGCAAA